AUGAACGAGGAGUUAUUAUUGAAAAGGCACUCAGGUUCCGGUAUUCCUGAGUUGAAAGUUAUAAUGCACGGGUUCGUCUUGAAAAACUACCUUUCACUAAAAACGCUGACGGCAAAAAUCAUCGGUCUGACGCUGACCCUUGGUUCUGGAAUGCCAGUCGGAAAAGAAGGACCGUUCGUACACAUGGGUGCCAUAGUGGCAUCGCUUCUCAACAAAGCCACUUCUGCUUGCCAGUAUAACGCGUUCUUCUCGAAUGAAGGUCGACAGAUGGAAAUGCUCAGUAGUGGUUGUGCUGUUGGAAUUGCUUGCACGUUCUCGGCACCUGCAGGAGGUCAGUGUGAACGAAUUGAGCUGAACUGGGAGCGGAGUCUCUCUAUCGCGCUGAGCUGA